AUGUCUCGAGUUCCUCCUCCUGGAGGCCCUGGUAGGGGCCCCUUUGGCGGCGGCAGCCUGCCUGGAGGCAACCCUCGACCACCACCUCCCGGCCAAGGAUACGGAGGCGGCCCCGGAUACGGUGCCCCCCAAGGAUAUGGCGAUGCUCGUUCUAGCCAAAGACCGGCACCCUCCCAACAGCGAUACGGCGAGAAGCCGACUGGGCCGGCUGGAGGCGGACGACAGGUGCCACUGCAGGUCGAAAAGGUCGCAGACAAGACUCUGCAAGUCAAGUUAAUCUAUAGCAACGUUUGCGCCGUUUCGGCUGAAGAUUUUCCUACGAAUCGUGACGGAUCCGAUCUCUACCUGCUCAUUCGAGGCGGCGACCCGGUCGGGGAAUUUGUCGUGACUGCCAAGCCCAUUCAGGGCUUUCCCUCUGGCUGCAUCAGCUUGUCGGAUCCUCAACGCAGCUGGACAGGCAUCACGAUGCGCGACCAGUUCACCGGCGAAAUCUACGACCCGUUCCAGUCUGGUGGCAAGGCAUAUCUGGGCUCUCUGGACCUCGAGAUUGGCUUCGCAUCGCCUAGCAAAAAGACUGAGGUGCCAUACGAUGAGGACGAGCUCGCCAAACAAUUCAUGGACACAUAUGGAAACCAGGUGCUGGCGCCUGGUCAGCCGUUGAUCAUGGACGUUCGCAAUAUCCCUCUGCGAAUCGUCGUCAAGACUGUCGGGCUAGUCGAUCUCGCUAUGGGUGGUGAGGAGGGCUCUCAGAAGCGCCGAGAGGCUCAUGCUCGUGGUAUCUUGACGAAUCAAACGCGGGUGCUCUUCCAUCGUGAUGGCAAGGGCGACUUUAACCUCAAGCCGUCUAUGAACAAGCCCAACUCCAACGCCAUUCUGGCUCCUGAUUUCAAAUUCGAGGAUAUGGGUAUUGGUGGUCUGGGUGACGAAUUCUCCACCAUCUUCCGUCGUGCCUUUGCGUCUCGCGUGUUCCCUCCUGGCCUGAUCGCCAAGAUGGGCAUUCCUCACGUCAAGGGUAUGCUUCUGUACGGACCUCCUGGUACCGGAAAAACUCUCAUCGCUCGACAGAUUGGUAAGAUGCUCAAUGCCAGGCCUCCCAAGGUCAUCAACGGCCCCGAGGUGCUGAACAAGUACGUCGGUCAAUCCGAGGAGAACAUUCGAAAGCUGUUUGCGGACGCCGAGAAGGAGUACAAAGAGAAGGGCGACGAAUCCAGCUUGCACAUUAUCAUCUUUGAUGAACUGGAUGCCGUCUGCAAGCAGCGUGGAUCCGGAGCUGGCGGCGGCACUGGCGUGGGUGACAGUGUUGUUAACCAACUGCUGUCGAAGCUUGACGGUGUUGAUCAGCUGAACAAUAUCCUAUUGAUCGGAAUGACCAACCGAAAGGACAUGAUUGAUGAUGCCCUGCUUCGUCCCGGGCGUUUGGAGGUGCAUCUGGAGAUUUCUCUGCCUGAUGAGGAGGGUCGACUGGAGAUUCUCAAGAUUCACACUUCCAAGAUGAAGACGAACGGUCUCCUGGACGCCGAUGUUGAUCUGGAGGAGCUUGCAGGCCUGACAAAGAACUACUCGGGUGCCGAGUUGAACGGUCUUGUGAAAGCGGCGGCUUCAUUUGCCUUUUCUCGCCACACCGAGGUUGGCCAGCUCGCCGCUGUGAAGCAAGAUGUUGCGAGUAUGCAGGUGAACCGGGCCGAUUUCAUGAAUGCGCUGACCGAAGUCCGCCCUGCUUAUGGCGUGUCGGAAGCCGAACUGGAGGAAGCUGUCCGUCUGGGCAUUCUGCCGUACGGGGGCCAUAUCAACGCGACGAUCCAGGAGAUGAUGCGUGUGGUGGGCAUGAUUAAGCAGGACCCCAACAAGUUCAACUCGUCAGUGCUGUUCCACGGCCCACGCGGAUCAGGAAAGACUGCUCUGGCGGCGCACAUUGCGACACAGUCAGACUUUCCAUUUGUCAAGAUGGUUACGCCUGCGGAUUUGGUGGGCUACCGGGACGACUUUGCCAAGAAGGACUACGUGCAUAAGGCAUUCGCGGAUGCGUACAAGUCGCCUGCUAGUAUUCUAAUUCUAGAUGACUUUGAGCGUCUGAUUGGCUGGAACCCGAUUGGAUCGCGCUUCUCAAACGUGAUGCUGGAAGCUCUGACGACGCUGAUUGUGUCGAAGCCGCCAAGAGGUCAUCGCUUACUGGUAUUUGUGACAACAUCCAAGGCAUCGGUGCUCAAGAUGCUGGAAGUCGACCAGGACUUUGCGAAGAAGGUGGCGGUGCCAGCGGUGUCGAACCUGCGGGAGCUAGGCAACGUGCUGCACGAGUCCAAGUCGUUUAACAGCGGUGACAUUAGUCAGGUGAUCGGGAUGGUGCAGGAGCGGACGCGGGAGGAGAAUGUGGGCGUGGGCAUCAAGACGAUCCUGGACUGCAUCUUCGAGGCCAAGGCAGGGGGCCCGAGCAGCAAUGUGUUGGAGACGUUUGUGGACCUGAUAGUUGAGAAUAUGAAUGACCUGAGGGGAUAG